CACGUCCCAAUACCACCUGCCCCUGCAAAGCUUAUUGAAAAAUCAAGUUCAAAGGAUCCACCAGCUAGGGAUGUUCCUACCAAGGCUAAUCCCUCCCUUGCUGUCCCUCCUAAUGAUAUCUGCCAUAAGGAUAUCCCCUCAGGUAUUGUGAUCUCCCCUCGCGUUAGUAGGGGAAGGGGUCGCGGUCGCCAUGCAUCAGCUCCUGAACCCCGUGCACCAGGAAAGGAAACUUCAAAAAAGCCUAAUGCUACGCAGCGCGCACGAAACCCAACGCAGAAUCCCAUUGAAGUCAUUGUGUCUGAUCCUGUAGCAGAUGAAGAAACUUGGUCAGAUGUUGUACGACGUAAAAGGCCAAAAAACCCACCCCCUCGUCUCGAUCUAAGGUCAACUGCCAGUAAGCCAACGAUUCGUGGCCUUAGCGGAACUAAUUCUUCAACACGGUUUCUCAGAGGUGUCAAAUCUGAAUCUGGUAUUACCUUAUACUUGGAGAACAUUGAGAUAUGUGAGGGUGAGACUAAUGAAGAUAUCAAACACCAGGUGUCAGCAUAUGCUAAAAAUCAAAAUAUACGUAUUAUGCAAAGCUAUGUUGUGCAUAAUAAAGUGUCCCAGUAUAGAGUUGGAUGCAAAAUUAUUGUGCCA